AUGACAUUCAAAGUCCUCAUCGUCGGCGGCAGCAUCGCCGGCAUGGCACUCGCCAACAUGCUCGAGACAUACGGCAUCGCGUACGAGCUUCUCGAGAAACACGCCGUCAUUGCACCCCAGCUCGGCGCCAGCAUCGCCCUGUUGCCCAAUGGCUUCCGGAUUCUGGACCAGAUAGGGGUGUGCGAGGUCAUUGAGCGUCUGAGCGUGGCGAUGGACUCCAUGGCCAGGUUCGAUCCAAGGGGGCGUCGGCUGCGGGUGUAUGACGAGUAUGGGUAUUAUCUGGAGGGGAUGACAGGGUACAAAAUGCGCUUCCUCGACCGACAGCAGGUCAUCCAAGCGCUGUACGACAACCUCAAGGACAAGUCCAAGAUACACACCUCUUGCGAAGUCAUCAAAGUCGAAUUCUUGGGCUCCGAAGUAAAGGUCGAGACGACAGACGGCUCUGAAUUCACUGGCAGUAUCGUCGUCGGCGCCGAUGGCGUGCAUAGUCGCAUGAGGCAGGAAAUGUGGCGGAUUGCAGACGCUGAGAUUCCGGGUUUUAUCUCGGACCGCGAACGAAAAUCGAUCACAUGCACAUACAGCUGCCUGUUCGGCAUAUCUGACUCGCUCGAGGCCAUCGAAAAGGACCCCGGCUUCAAAGUCUUCAAGAAACACCGCUCGUAUCUCUUCCAAGCCGGACCGGACGGAAAAACGUACUGGUUCGCCUUCUUCAAGAACGAAACCAGGACAGUUGGCCCGGAUAUCCCCCGCUACACCGUCGACGACGAAAAGACGCUCGCGGCCAGGACCGCCGACGACGUGCUCUGCGAGGGCCUGACCUUUGGCGAGGUGUACGUCAGGCGGCUGUAUUCGGUGCUGGUGCCGCUGGAGGAGUACGUGCUGGACAGGUGCUUCUACAAGCGAGUUGUCCUGCUGGGGGAUUCAUUCCACAAGAUGAAUCCCAUCACCGGACAAGGCGGCAACUCUGCCAUCGAGUCUGCUGCCCAGCUGGCAGAUCUGCUGCUGGAGCUGGUCCAGCGGAAUGCGCUCGAUGGCGACAGCAUCCAGCACGCAUUCGCUAAAUUCCAGCGCGUGCGCAAGCCCAGGACAGAGCGUCUGAUGGAGGCCGCACGCAGCACGCAACAGCUGGAUUCGCUGGACAACCCGUUUCUCAAAGUCAUCAACUUGCAAGUCAUGGGCAACCUGGGCAUCGAGCCCAUCAUACCUCGAAUCGCCGAAGCCUUGAUCCCGGGCUGUAGGCUGCGAUACCUGCCUCCGCCCAAGCGACGGGGCAUCGUCGCAUGGGAAGACGAGGUGAAGAUGACGCUAGAAGACAGGCCUGUUGCCGCGACGGUGGUUUGGAUCCUUCUGAUUCUUGUUGCGGCCUUAGCGCCGUGUAUCCUCAAACGAUAUGCUGCACCAGCAGUCGUUGACACUAGUCCAGCUGGAUCGUCCCUGCUGCAGCUGUACGCCGCUAUCUCUGCCGUCGCCAUUCACGGACUGUGGAUGAUCGAGUCGUAUCGAAGGAGUUUUUGGUUCUCUCCGCUUGGCAGCGCCAUCCCAUUCCUCCUCGCUGCACAGUUCUUCUCCGUCGUCACGCCCAUCUACUUCAUCCUGCACAUCGCGCUCAGUCGCGACAAGAUGUUCUACUACCCCUGUCCACGAGCCAUCGAACCGGACGUCGCGAAAGCCUUGGCCACGGGGCUGGCCUGUAUAUACUUUGUCCCGAUCGUACAGACGGUGAGCAGCCUGGGAGAGCUCACCCACGACGGAUCCGUAUCCGCACUUGUCCGGGCAUGGAACAUGACGCAUUUCGGCGUUUUGUGCAGGGAGCUUUUCAGCCUGAUCCCUGCAAGAACAACGACAGAAACAAGCGCAAGAACAAGAAAAGACGGACCAAAAGAAAUGUUCGGCGCUCUCGACAUGCCCUCCCUUGCGCGGUUGUAUGCUUUCUUCUUCGCAGUUACUAGCGUUGCGCACGUCGUUUUCAUUAGCAAGUACACGUAUGCCCUGAGGAACACGUAUUCCCUCACGGGGGCAGAUGAUAUAGCCAACCUCUCCUCCCUCUCCCUAACCAUUCUCACCUGGUGCCUCUUCACAGCAUGGGACCUGCGAAGGGUGAAUAUCGUUGAAAACGAUAUUUUGCUCCGACGGGCUUGGCUGGCUGUCGUCAUUGGUUCGGCCGUGGUUGGUCCUGCGGCAACGCUGGCUGCGACGUGGUGGUGGCGGGAGAGGGAGAUGGAGAGGGCGAGGGGGGGAAAGAAAACUCAACAAGAGAGUGAAUGGGGUUGGGAGGGAAAAGAAAUGAAUCGAGCUUAUUAA